UUUGUGCUCUCUCCUUCCUUGUGUCCUUGUUCUUCUACUCUCUCCUCAGCCGCUGUGGCUCCUCCCUUCUCUCCUCCGUCCUUUCUCACUCCUCCUUGUCUUCUUCUCCAUCCAUUUCAUCCAUCCUAACCUCCCUCCCCCGACUUGUUAUUGCAUUUCCUCCUCCCUCCCUCCUCCCUCUGUCACCAGAGGAGUCGGUGUGUGUUGGUGUGUGUUGGUGUGUGUUGGUGUGUGUGUUCAGUCAGUAGCAUGGCGUCUCUCAGCCUCCUGCUGCUCAGCACCGCUCUGCUCCACUCAGCCCAGUCUUUACCUGCAGCUUGGGGCGGGGGGCGUGGCUUGGAUGUAUCUGUGGGUGGAGCUGGACGUCAGCGCAGAGACCUUCAUAACCUGCUGCCUUUUGAGGACCAGGUGAUGUCAUAUCCUGCCACUCAGAGAGGGGGUGGAGUCAAUGAUCUGUACUACCAAUCAGAUGACUGGAAGGGGCGGGGCUUGGACCAGGCCUUGCAACGAUUGGUGGAGAGGGACCAGAGGCGGGAGCAAGAAGAGGAGCAGCGAGCAGCCUACCUGGCCGCUCUGCUCCGCCUACUGAGCGAUGCAGAAAGUGCAGGAUUGGUCGACCCAGGUGAUGUGGAAGUUGUAGAAGAAGAGGAAGAGGAUGAGGAAGAUGAUCAGGGGUCACCAGGGGACUUCCAGGGCCCAGCCCCCCCAGACUACGAUGAGACAGGGCAUGGGCUGAACAUGGGGAGGCCUCCGGCUGCCUGGUGGGGCCUGCUGGAGCCCCAGCUGGCUCAGACCCUGCUGGACAGGAUGGAGCCUCAGGUGGCUCAGACUCUGCUGGAGAGGGCAAGACAGGAGAGACUUCAGCAGGCUGGGCGACUUUCAUCAGGAAUGGACAGAAACCAGGAUGCUCUGAGACGUCUGGUUUCCAGGUUGCUGUCCAGCAUCAGUCCUAACAACACCCCCGUGAUGUCCUCGUCUCGCCGAAUAAGGAGAAACCUGUCUGUCCCACCUUUUAGCUCCGCCCACAGGAGGUCCCGUCGUUCCCUGGAAGACAUGGAUCCUUCGUUGCCUAGCGACAACCCUGCUCUGCUCAGAGUGAAAAGGCUGGAGGAGGAGGAGGAUGAAGAGCAGGAGAAGCAUCUUCCCCAUUCUGUUGGGCUGCAGAGGAUGAAACGCAUCGAUACCGCUGCCAUGGAAGAACAGAAUCAUGGGAGCCGUAGGCGUCGGAGGAGAGCCGUGCUGAACUACGACCCCCAAAUACUGAUCGAUCAGAUUGUGGAAUACAUGAGGGAGUAAGAGGAGAAGAGGACAGAAGGAGGAAGAGAGGAGGGAGGAUGAAGAUGGAAGAGGAAAUGUGAAGAUGCUGUGGACGGACAGAUGAAGAGGAGGUGUUCUUUGUUGUUGUCUUUCAGGGUUUUUAUUUCCUGUAUUGUUCAGUUUUUGCUGCUUUUGGUGAAAAUCUAUCUGAUCAGCUGAUUGUUGCUAAGAUGACAAGAAACAAUGAAGUGAUGAAAUGACAUAAGAAUUUGGUACUAAUUAUGGGAUCAUCUUCACUAAAAUGUUUUGCCUUAAUUGAACAAAUUACUUAUCACAAAUGAAAGCCUCUUUAGAUCAAUAUCUCACCUUCAUCAGAUCUAUGAGCAUUAAGAAUGAAUAUUUAAAUGACAAGUCAACAUGUGCUACACAAAAGAUAAUAUUCAUUCUUACCUUUGAGGUUUUAACUGAACUUUUCAAAGAAAUUCCUUUGGGGAAUCAAUUAAUAAAAUUAAAACAACAAAAAUCUUAAAAAUCUCUCUAAUUCAACUGUAAUUAGUGUCACACCCCGUGUUUAUCCAGUUUGGUCAAUGAAGAGGCUUUAAACACUCUUCAAAUCCAAAAAUUACCAGAGAAAAUUUAUGAAUUCGUCCAUCAGUUCUAAAUGAUUCACCUUUAACUUUACCCAGCAGGUCUGAAGCUCUCUGAUUGGUUGUUGACCCUGACAUCAGUGUGAAUGUGUUUCUUUAAAGGACAGACAAAUGAUGGACCCUGAUGGUAACCGUGGUGACAGAACAUCAGCUCUGUGAUUGGCUCGCUCCUGUUGUGUUCGUGUACUUCUGCUUGUGUGCAGCAGCUCUGUCGUCUGUCUGUGGUGAAACAAAAAGCUUUUAUUUAUCUCACUCUCUGAAUUAAAGUCGGUGUCCACCACUAAAGUCUCUGGGCUGUUUUCUUCUACUGCACAACUAAACUUUUAUUAACAUGAAAAUCAGCACACAAUUGUUUUAAUUCUGUAGACUUUCCAUUCCUGGUCAGCAAUUGUCAAAUCUUUUUAUUGGUGACCAGUCCAGGGUGAACCCCGCCUCUCGCCCGCAGUCAGCUGGGAUUGGCUCCAGCGCCCCCGCGGCC